AUGCCUUUCACAGAGCGGGUCGCUUAUUACCGCAAGCCCUUCCGUCAAAACGGUCUCCUCAAAGUUUUGGACGUCGCUGUUAAAUCCCACAGCCCGGACUGUGUGAGAGAAGUGGUGUCAUGUCCCAGAGUGCGAACGUCAACCGGCGGUGGGGCAGAGAUGCUGAGGCGGGAGUUGAAGAAGGCCAAAGCGGGAGAACUGGAGCAUCUCCUGGCCUUCUCGGUACAGGGAGCCAUGCUGAGAGAUUUAGUAUUAAUCUUGCCCUUGGAACUGUAUCUCGUCCUGAGAUGAGUGAACUUCUGGGUGAAUUCCGAGCACUAUAUCAGGAACGACUAUACCGGUUAGAAGCCUUAACUGAUGGAAGAGAAGAAACUCUUGGGUUGAAGGUGCAGAUUCUUCAGUCUUACAUCAAUGACUUAAGUGAACAAAACGAUGUCCUGAUGCAGGCAAUGGAGGAGCUUGAAAGAGAAGCUAAUCGAAGAGUAACUACUUUGGAAGUCGACCUGCAGGAGUAUGUUGCUAAAGUUACUGAGUGCAAGGCAGAGAAUAAUAGCCUGCUUACAACAAAAAAAAAUAUGGACAAACAAAUUGCUGAUUUGCGAUUUAAACUUGGAUCUUCUGAGGAAGAAGUCUUAAAGGUACAAGUGGAGAACACAUCCCUAAAAUCAGAAAACUACAGCCUGAAGACCGCCCUCCAGCAUACAAGAUCUCAACAGCUCUCGUCGGUAAUGCUGCGUGUGAUGCCAACUGAACACCUUUCAGGAUCCACGGCAACACUUCCACUCACAAACUCCAGUGAGCUUUUGAUGGAAUAUGAAGAGGUCAAAUCCCAGAUGGUGACCAAAGAGCAGAUGAUCCAAAGCUUACAGACCCAACUUCGAGAAGCUGUUUAUCAACAACAGCAGUCAAAAUAUGAGGUAGUUGAUAAAGAACAAAAAAUUCAGGAAUUACAGGACAUCAUUACUGAAUUACAUAAUGCGAUGGCUGUGAAAGACACAGAGAAUCUGAAUCAGUUGCAGGAUAUACAUCACCUGGAAAGCAAGGUCAAAGCCUUGAAACAGCUUGGAAGUCCUCACAGUACGCAAGAGAACCAAAUUAUGUCCUUCAGAGCCAAUAGUCUACUGAAAAUUGAGCUGGAACGGCGUGAUGGUACGAUCCUACAUCUCCGUAAAGAGGUCCUUCUUUUACAAGAGAAGAGGGAUGAGCUAACAGCUGAGUUGGAUGUACAGGAAAGAAGGAUUUACCAUCUUCAGGCAGAGCUAAGAGAAGGAGAAGCUAAACUGGAACAAAAGCAGAGCUCCCUGCAACAGCUGAAAGAGGAGCUGGAGACCACCAAGAAGCUACACAAAGAGGUCCAAAAACAGUUUACAGAGCUCAAGGAAUAUCUUGGUCAGGUUGAAGAUGAGAACGAGGCACUCAAGGCUUGUAGAUUGGAACAGAAAGCUGAGAUUGCCAAGCUCACUGCUAUUAUUCAGGAUCUUAAACUGAGUUCCCAAAAUGCUAAAUCAGCCUUAGCUGCUGAGGCAGCACAAAGAUCCAAAGAAUUGGCAUCCACAAGAGAAGAGCUUGAGGAGAGAUUGUCAGAAACACAGACAGAGCUCAGGGAAAGAGAAAAGACCAUACACAAUCUACGUUUACAAGUGCAGGACGCCAACCAAUCGGCGGAAGAGACUAAGUUGCAGCUAGAAGAGGUGGAUGCCGAAGUGAAAACCAUGAAAACCAAAUAUAAUCUUGCGAUGAAUGAGGUUGCAACAAAGGCAGAACAACUACAAAUAAUUAACAGAGCAUGUGAAGACUUGAAAGUGACUGCUGCACAGUAUGAAGGGACAAUUCAUGAACUGGAGUCAAAAUUCCACCAUGGACAGAGUAAUCAGGACCAGGCUAGAGAUAAGAUGACAAUACUGGAACAGACAAUUAAACAGCUUGAGGAUGAGAGGGCCCGACUGCAGGAACAUUGCUGGGAAUUGGUUGAAGAAAAUGGACAGCUUCAUGCACAGCUGGAGAUGGAGAAUUUAACCAUGCAAACUGAGCAGAAUGUGAUGACAACGGAGUUACGUAGGAAAGAAGGAUUAAUUCACAAGCUGAAAAAUGAAAGGAUUGUCAUACAGGACAAAGCUAAUGCAAGUGAAGAAACUGUUGUUCAAUUUGAGAUGCAGAUGGAACAUCUAAAACAACAGCUUAAAACAGCAGAGUUGGAGAGAGAGAACAGCGACAAGGCAGUCCAGAGCUUGGAGAAACAGCUGCAAGAAUACAGAACACUUCAUCGUGAAUCCAUAAAGGAGGUGCAUCAGUGUCGAGAUACAAUUAGACAGUUGAAUGCAGAACUCUCAUCUAUUCACAAUACCCAGGAUUCAAUCGAGAAGAGUUCAGCACAAAAGGAGAAGACUAUACACCAACUGCAAAAUGAAAUUCAGACUCUACAAAGUGAAGUCUUAGAACUCCAGAGCAAGGUUUUAAGCAGAGAAGAGAAGGCGUCUAUGUUGCAGGACAGCAGAGAGGAUUUGCAACAUCAGUAUAGCAGCUGCUAUUCUGAGCUGAUACGCAAAGAAGAUAAUCUGGAAAAAGUGAAGAAACAGCUGGAAGCUGUAACAGAAGAAUCGAUUCAACUUACACUUCAAAUCUCUAACACUACUUUGGAGAAGCAGAAGCUAGACAUAGAUUUGACUGUUCUAAGUGAGAAACACAAAGCAUCUCAACAAGAGGUUCACAACAAGGAUCAAACUAUUUUUAAUCUGAAAUCGGAUUUAAAAACUGCAAAAGAAAACUUGAGGGAUGCAAAGGAGGAACUCACACUCCAGGAAGCAGAAGCUGCUAAUUUAAAAACAAAGGUAAAAAUGCUACAGGCUGAAGAACAGAGCUUACGAGAAGCCUGCAGAGAACAUGAUAAGAAAAUGAGUCAGCAGGAGAAGGCUAUGCAGGACCUGCAGCAGGAGAAGGGCAUCAGUAACCAGCAGAACCAGAGUCAGGAGAAAUCAAUUCUUCAUCUUCAGAAGGAACUGGAAGCUCUCAAGCAUGCGCAUGAAUGUGACAUGGACCAUUAUAAUCUUGAAUCUGCCCGACUCCGGAAAGAACUGGACUCUUCUUCAAAAGAAUUACAGGAGAAGAUGAUCAGACUGCAACAGUGCAAGUCCACAGUUGAGAGGCUGAAUUCCGAUUUGCAGAAUGCACAUGAGCAACACCAGGAGAUGCUCCAUGAAAUAUCCCAGUUUGAAGACAUUGUGCACAAACAAGAACUGGAAAUGGCUCAGCUUAGACAGCAGAAAUUUGAUUCUGAAAAUCAAAUGGCUACAGCCAAUCACAACUACAAAUCACUUGAAGCCAACUUGGAUCUUUAUAAACAAAAAUGUCAAUCUUGCAUUAACAAACUGAAAGAGCUGGAAAAUACAAAGCAACAGCUGGAGGCAGAUUUACAUGGUGCAAACAAACAGCUUUGUGGUCACGAUGAAACUCAGCGCCAGCUACGAAAUGAGAUGCUUACAGUGAAGCAUCAAUAUGAAACCAAGUGCAGGCAAGUGGAGAACUGUGAGGAUGCAAUUGAACAUUUGACCCAACAACUGCAGGUUACACAAGAAGAUCUGUCCGCACACAGAGUACACAUUGCCCAGUGUGAGGAGAUCAUUCGUAGUCUUCGGGAGCAAGCCGCUGUUCAUAAAAAUCAGGCUGCUGGUUGGGAAGAAAAUGUAGUAAAACUCCAAACAGACUUUGCUUCCUACAAAGCUACACACAUUCAUGCUGAUGCAGAGUACGAUUUCCAGAUUACUCAUCUUGAACAACUGAAGAAGGAUUUUGCACAAGCCAAUACUCAGAACACUGAACAUUUUCAGGGAAUCAAAAAAUAUCAAGAUGCAGCGCAAAAAUUGAACCUUCAGCUAAAUGCUGUAACAGAACAAAAGAAUAAUGAGCUAACACAUUUGGAGAAGAUUGUCCAAAGCUUGCAACUUGACAAGGCAUCUGAUUUACAAAAAUACCAAAUGGAGAUGACCCGGCUGGAACAACAGAUCAUGAAACUGGAAAAUGAUCUCCGCAACUGUCAAAAACUAUACAACCAGCAAGGGCAGGCAAUACAGAAGAGAGAUGACCUCUUGAGAAAGUCCGAAGCCGACCUGCUCCAGGCUCGUGAUUGUAUCAAAGGGAAGGUAAGAGAAAUUGAGAAACAAGGCAGCGUGGUGAAAGCCCUAACAAUGGAUCUUCAGAGGCUGGAAAAGGAAAUGCAGCAAAAAGAAAAUGAUAACAAUACCAUCAAGUCUGAGAGAGAGCACCUGAAACAGGAACUACAAAAGACCAACAAACAAUGUAGAGAAUUCGCACAAGAGCUGACACACCAAAAGGAGAAAGAUUUAUUGGUGGAGAACAGCCUUCAAACCACCCAUGAUCAACUCAGAGAUCGUAUCGCAGAAACAGUACGACAUGAACAAGCAAACCGGAAACUACAGUCAGAACUCAAAGCACUGAAAGAGCAGGCAAUUAACAACAAAAAAGAGAGGGAAGAUUACAGGAUACAGAUUGAAAAACUCAAAGCUGAGAAUGUCCAGAGUAAACAGGGUCAUGAAAAUGCAGUCAAGGAAGGACAAAUGCACCAGCAAUCAAUCUACAAGAAGGAGGUAGAAAUCAAUAGCAGCAGAGAACAAAUCAAAAUGUUACAUGACCAGAUUCAACUGAGGGAGGAGGAGCGCAACCAAAUUUAUGAAAAAUUAAAAUUAGAACAGACUAAACUACAGGAGUUACACAGGCACUUUCAGAAAAUGAAGGAUCAAGUAAGACAGUUGGAAAGAGAAAGUGAAGAACAAAAUGCAAAGUUGAAAGCCAAUGUACUGGUGCUGAGGCAGAAGGAGGAUCAUAUUUUGAGUCUUGAAGAUAGUUUAGCACACUUGCAGAAGAAGCAUCAAGCUCUGUUUAACAAACAUAAAAACAGUGAAUCAGAGUUGCAACUUGCCCAAAAAAAUCUUUUGUCAUCUCACAAACAGAACAAAUAUUAUGUUGAAGAGGUGAGUCGGCACGAGGAUACAUUUGCCAGGCACAAGUCACAGUUGGAUGUGGUCCAGGAACAGGUACAAAAAACUAAACAUGAGCUGCUGUCAGCAAACAAACUCAUCCAUGAGCUCAGACUGGAGCUAACAGCAUGUCAGGGCACCCAGAAAGAAAACGUGGAACAGUUAAGUGAGAAGAGUCGAGAGAUAGCAAGCCUGAAAAAUGAUAUUGCAUGUAGUCAACAGAGGACUAUGCAGCUGACAGACGUAAGUGCAACAUAUGAGGAGCGGAUGAACAGAUUGCAGAAUGAACUGAGAAAAAUGCAAGAACUGAAUCGGCGAGCAGAGGAGGAGGCACAUAUGUAUGAGAAUCGAUUAAUGGAACUCAGCAGCCAGGUGAUGUUGUCACAAAGAAAGACCCACGAAUCCAUGAAGGAGCUUACAAGCAAGGAUGAAGAGUUAGUGAUAAUGAAAGUAGAAUUGGCCUCACUUCGAGAGAGGUACCGCUGCAAGGAUGAAGAGCUUGAUACAUUACGAAAGUCUUUGCAUGGUGCAAGAUCAGACAGUACACGAUUACAUCGAGAAAGUGAACUCGUUGUGGCAAAUGUUAAUCAGUGGGUAAAGGACCAAAAGCAAGCCAAUGAAAAACAAGGAAAUAAGAUCAAAGAGCAAACCAAGCAAAUCCUCCAACUAUCAACUGAAAAAGACCAUCUACAGGAAAUGAAUGAACAGUUGCAGAAGGAAAACAAGAAAUUGAAAGUUGAAAUGGGUGAGAAGAGGAUAACAAACGAGAGAUUAAAGGCAUUGCACAGUUACUCAACGGAAGACCCCAGGGUCAUGCAUCAGCUCCGGAGCCAAAUUCAGGAUGAAGACUCUCUUCGUUCAAUGAGAAGAACCUUCAGCAACACGGGCAACAUGAGAAGACCAAAGUCACUUGCUGCAAACUGGAACGUCGAUUAGAAAUCGCUGUGGAAAGGUCCAGACUGAGCCUCGGCUUGGUAUACUUACCUGCUCAGCACCAGAACAGUUCCGCGGAGAGAGGUUUAUCAAAUGUUUGCCUUGCUCGUCUGAGACAGCACUUGAGCAGAUGUUUGUGUGCCACAAAUCAGAGAUGGAAACCAAGGAAACUGGGCUCAAUGUGUAUUCAGGAAUGGAUUUUAACCACUCACAUACAAAACAGCCACACCAAACAGGGGAAAAAUAUCAGAGCAUUCUCCAAAAUAAAAAGAAUGAAGUUGGUCAGUAAAUACAAAAAAUUAAACUACAGUCAAUUUUUCAUCCCUUUAGUUCAUUCAAAAACGUCUGCAGACAAGCAUUGGACAAAUGCCUAGGUAACCAAUGCAUUCUCCAACUUUCCUUUCAUUAACAAUGGAAUAUAUAAGCUUGGAUUCUUCUAGAUUUGAAACCAAGAAAGCUGAGGACUAAUGACAGUGCUUUUAGCCUGAUUCAAAUGGGGCUUUAAACUUGUCAAGGAAUUGAUCUGAAAAUUGGUAGCCUCUGAACAAUGGGUAGAAAGGAGGAGUCCUGCUGAGGGUGGUGAAGAGAGAGGAAGCAGAGGGAGAGAAUGAUGAAAGCUUGCUGAAAUGCACUGUCCUUGUCACUUUGGGGUUUAACAGAUAGUGCUUAAAAAGGAAGUCACUAAAAGUGCUAACAAAAUAAUAUACUUUGUCUAAAAACACUAAAGGCAACUGAUCCCAACCUUGCACCACCACGACUGCCCUGCAACUAUUCUCUCAAAUCGAUUGUUAGAUCACAACCAACACCAUAGCAUGCUGAUGCUGUGCCAAAUUUGCCUCAAUGUCUCUGUCAGCUUCAUUAAAAAGCCUCUUCAGAUAGUUUUAAUGUUUAGCAACUAAAAUAUUUUUCAAUGGCCAUUACUGGCCAAUCUUAAAACACCAUCAGAUUAUUUUAAUAUGGAAUUAUUAAAUAUCAAGUAGUAAAUAUUGUAAGAUACCCAAGUGGAAUCUGUCUUGAUGCACUGUCCAUACACAUGUCCAUUAUGAUGAAUGAGAAUAAUACAGAUCAAUUGACCAUUCUCCCUGCAAGUACCGAUGUCCAUUAUAAAGCCCAUUAAAUUACAAAUCCAGGAUAACACCUAGAAUAUCACUGCACUGUAGUUCAGUAAUACAGCAUGUAGUAUGUUUACUCACCAGAAAAGGCACCUUGUGUGAAAUAUAAAAUAGGGUGGGAUCAAAAUUGCACACUUAUUUUAAACAUUCUACUGGAUGGGAAUAUUUCUAAUAUAAAUAACAGGAACUAAUUAUAUUCCACUUUAAAUUUACUGUUCACACGGUUGCCCCAUUUCCAAUGUAAACAGUUUGGUGUUCAUUUCCUGUGGCUGGUGUCACAAUACACGACAUAGUUGGAGAAUCACUGAAACAGGAUAGCUUGCUUGACAGAAAUACAUUCCCCCAAGGUGGGAGUCAAUCAUUAUUAAUCACUACUUGUUACACUCAUAUUCAUUAAAACCGUUAACAGUGUUGAUAGCCUUUUUUAAAUUUAUUUAUUUUAAGCUCUUAUUUAAUGCAAAUAACAACAACACUAAAAACCCCUGCCAGCCCACUGGUUCUCAAUUCAGAAUGAUACACAGCAAAACAAGUUUGUAUUUUGGUACAAUAUUUUGUGAAAGGAAGAUAACUACAUCCUUGGCGUAUAGACUGUGUGUGCACCAAAAUGUCUAGUUCAUGGUAUAAUCAUAUAUUGCAUUGCAUAUAUGCAAAGUCAAUUUCAAAAGACGAUGACUUCCUUCAUUAGCAGUUACUCCUUUAAUAAUAAUCGACACCAAGUUAUUUGCCGGUUGGUAGCUUAUAAACUAUCUUUUGAAAUUUAUUCUUACUUGAAAUUUCUCUGUGAUUAUGAAGAUAGAAACGAUGUUAUCAUCGUGUGUAGUUGCCAUUCAGUGUGAUGAUAGAAUUCAAACUUAUUUUCAUUAUAUACACUGCUGUUUUGCACAGUACAGACUUUUUGUAAAAUGUUUACAUCUUCUACUUGGAUGCCCCGAUGGUAGGGCCUACAAGCUAUAGCAGUUAUCUUAACAUUUAUAUAUUUUCUGUGCACUGAGAGUAUAAUAAUGAACUGACAAUCAGUCCAAGUUAGUAAAUGAUCAACUCAUAAUUUUAUGUAUUUUGUAAUUGGAUAAAUAAAGCCUAUUUGAUCAGUUUUGCAAA